UUAUGUGAUCACAUCAUGACACCUAUAUCACUUUAUUCAGUAUUAGUCCUGCAGUUUUUGACCCUUGCAAUUAGCGGAAUGAAACCAAAGCCAAAUAUCGUACUCUUCCUGGCAGAUGAUCUUGGCAUUGGUGACAUCGGUUGUUUUGGAAAUACUACAAUAAGGACUCCAAACAUUGACAGAUUGGCAUUGGAGGGUGUAAAGCUUACACAGCACAUAUCUGCGGCAUCAGUGUGUACACCAAGCAGAGCGGCCUUUUUAACUGGAAGAUACCCUAUACGAUCAGGGAUGACUGGCCAUGGUGGGGGCCAUUCUGUCCUGAUUUGGACUUCUGCAUCUGGAGGACUCCCAGCAAAUGAAACAACUUUUCCAAAAAUAUUGAAAGAGCAAGGUUAUGCCACUGGCAUUAUAGGUAAAUGGCACCUCGGAUUAAACUGUGACUCCAGGACUGACUUUUGUCACCAUCCUUUAAAUCAUGGCUUUGAUUAUUUUUAUGGUUCUCCUUUUACACUUGUCAAUGAUUGCCAAGAAUCCAUACCUAGUGAGAUUCAUGUCGCAUUUAAAAAACAAUUGUGGUUUUACGCACAGUUGUUUGCUCUCACGCUGGCUACCAUGGUAGCUGGUAAGCUAAUGAAUUUACUUUCUGUUCCAUGGAAAGUUAUUUUUUUUUUCUUUGCUUUUGGAUUGUCUUUUUUUUCCUACUGGUACAUGGCUUACCACUUCUAUAGAAACUGGAACUGCAUCUUAAUGAGGAACUUUGAAAUCAUUGGACAGCCUAUGAAUCUAGAAACGAUGGCAGCUCAUGUGACAGAGGAAGCCAAGGCAUUCAUCGAAAGGAAUAGAGAUGGUCCUUUUCUUCUCCUUGUUAGUUUUCUACAUAUCCACGCUCCCUUUUUUACCACUGAAAAAUUUAGAGGAACAAGCAGGCAUAAAUUAUAUGGAGAUAAUAUUGAAGAGAUGGACUGGAUGGUUGGUGAAAUAUUGGAUGUUAUUGAUCAGGAAGGUUUGGCGAAUAAUACCCUUACCUACUUUACGUCUGACAAUGGAGCAUUUUUGCAAGGGAUGGAACCGGAUUAUGAUUUAAGAGGAAGUAAUGGAAUUUACAGAGGUGGAAAAGGCAUGGGAGGCCUGGAAGGUGGGAUACGGGUGCCAGGGAUAUUUCGGUGGCCCGGUGUACUGCCAUCUAACACUACGGUAGACCAACCUACUAGUCUUAUGGAUAUAUUCACAACAGUCAUAACGCUCGGAGGAGGCAGGUUACCAAAAGACAGGGUAAUUGAUGGCAAGGAUCUAAUGCCACUGAUGCAAGGACUGACUAGCAAGCAACAUCAUGAUUUCAUGUUCCAUUAUUGUUGGGAGUACUUGCAUGCUGUGCGGUGGCAUGAAGUAAACAGUAACACCGUUUGGAAAGUCCACUUCUUUUCACCAAAAUUCAGUCCAGAAGGAUCAGGGACGUGUCCUAAGGAAAAAUUAUGUUCAUGUUCUGGUGAAACAGUUAUUCACCAUGUUCCUCCACUACUUUUUAAUCUGUCCAAUGACCCGUCAGAGGAAUAUCCUCUGUCACACGAAUCUACACUGUAUAGUAGUGUGCUCCAAACCAUACAACAAGCUGUAACAAACCAUAAUUUAACUAUAAACUCAGUCCCUCGGCAGCUGUAUGGGUCAAAAAACAGAUGGACACCUGGAAUGCAAGUAUGCUGUGGGACAUUUCCAUUUUGUUCAUGUGAUAAAGAAGAUUAACUUUCUAGAUUGUAAAUUCAUUUGAGCAGGGCCCUCCUCACCUGUUGUUUCUGUAAGUCAAAUUGUUAUGUUACAUACUACUUGUUAUAUCCUGUGUACCCAUUGUACAGCGCUAUGGAAUUUGAUGGCGCUAUAUAAAAACAAAUAAUAUAUGUAACUAGAUAAACUAGAUUUAUCUAUGAUUUGCAAUGUUUUAGAACCAUGUG